AUGGCGGGGAAGAAGAGCGUCCUGUCUUCUCUGGCGGUUUACGCGGAAGACUCAGAGCCCGAGUCGGACAGCGAGGCCGGAGUGGAGACGGCGGGCAGCGCGGCUGAGGAGAAAGGCGGAUUGGUAUCGGAUGCGUAUGGAGAGGACGAUUUUUCUCGCCUCGGGAAUGAUGAAGAUGGCUAUGAGGAAGAGGAGGAGGAGAACAGCAAACAAUCGGAAGAUGACGAUUCAGAGACUGAAAAACCUGAGGCUGAUGACCCAAAGGAUGACCCGGAAGUAGAAAAGCGGGACCCGCAGGAAUUAGUUGCCUCCUUUUCUGAAAGAGUCCGGAACAUGUCACCUGAUGAGAUCAAGAUCCCACCGGAGCCCCCGGGCAGAUGCUCCAACCACCUGCAGGACAAGAUCCAGAAGCUGUAUGAGCGGAAGGUGAAGGAGGGGAUGGAUAUGAACUACAUGAUCCAAAGGAAGAAAGAGUUCCGGAACCCCAGCAUCUACGAGAAGCUGAUCCAGUUCUGUGCCAUCGAUGAGCUUGGCACCAACUACCCGAAGGACAUGUUUGACCCCCAUGGCUGGUCUGAGGACUCCUAUUACGAGGCAUUAACCAAAGCCCAGAAGGUGGAAAUGGACAAACUGGAAAAGGCCAAAAAGGAGCGAACCAAAAUCGAGUUUGUGACGGGCACCAAGAAAGGCACCACGACCAGCGCCACGGCCACCACCACCACCACGGCCAGCACCACUGUGGCAGACGCUCAGAAGAGAAAGAGCAAGUGGGACUCUGCCAUCCCCGUGACCACCAUAGCCCAGCCCACCAUCCUCACCACCACGGCCACCCUGCCCGCCGUGGUCACCGUGACCACCAGCGCCAGCGGCUCCAAGACCACCGUGAUCUCCGCCGUGGGCACCAUCGUGAAGAAGGCCAAGCAGUGA